GCAGCAGAGCGGCUGCGCCACUUACUGGCGGAGGAUGACACCACCCCAACACCCACAAUAUUCACUGAGAUGGACACACUACAGCAAGAGGGGGGCGAGUUAGAGUGGAAAGAGUCUGCAAGGUGGGUGAAGUUUGAGGAGAAGGUGGAGGAGGGAGGAGAAAGAUGGAGCAAGCCUCAUGUCUCCACACUGACCCUCCACAGCCUGUUUGAGCUCAGGACCUGUCUGCAGACAGGAAGCAUCCUGCUGGACCUGGAGGGCUACUCGCUGCCACAGAUCGUGGAUGAGAUUGUGGAUCGGCAGAUAGCUGAUGGUCUCAUUCCUCCGGAUCUGAAGGAGAAGAUCAGCUUUGUGUUGCUCAGGAAACACCGUCACCAGACCAAGAAACCAAUCCACCGCUCGCUGGCAGAUAUAGGAAAGUCCUCCAACACUGCUUCCAACCGUAGUCCUCAGGUUAAUCAUAGUACUAGUUCAGCUUCUGGCAUCCACCGCUCCACAGAAGACCUACGCUCUCGGCAGUCAAGCAACCUCAGCCACCUGCAUGCUGCCCAGAGCCGAAGCAUGAAUGACAUUUCAGACACACCGAGCACAGACCAGCUGAAGAACAAGUUCAUGAAAAAGAUUCCUCGUGAUGCCGAAGCCUCCAAUGUCCUGAUCGGUGAGGUGGAUUUUCUGGACAAACCCUUCGUCUCUUUUGUACGUUUGGCUCAGGCCACGACUCUGGGAGGCCUCACCGAGGUCCCUGUGCCGACAAGGUUUCUCUUCAUCUUGCUGGGUCCUCCGGGCAAAAGCAAGUCCUACAAUGAGAUUGGCAGAGCUAUCGCUACGCUCAUGGUGGAUGAUCUGUUCAGUGAUGUUGCCUAUAAAGCAAGGGACCGUGAAGACCUGAUCGCAGGUGUCGAUGAGUUUCUGGAUGAGGUGAUUGUCCUCCCACCAGGGGAAUGGGACCCAAAGAUACGUAUCGAACCUCCCAAGAAGGUUCCAUCAGCAGAAAUGAGAAAGUCAGUGCUGAACCUGAACGAGCUGGGUCAAAUGAACGGCUCGGCCGGCGGGGCGGCUGGAGGAGAAGACGAUGAGCUUCCAGCGCCACAUGAGCUUGGAGAGGAGCUGAAAUUCACUGGGAGGUUUGGAGGUGGAUUGUGGCUGGACAUCAAACGGAAGAUCCCUUGGUAUUGUAGUGAUAUCUACGAUGGCUUCCAUAUCCAGUCUCUCUCUGCUGUGGUCUUCAUCUACCUGGGCUGCAUCACCAAUGCCAUCACCUUUGGCGGACUGCUAGGGGACGCUACCGACAAUUACCAGGGCGUGAUGGAGAGUUUCCUUGGCACUGCUUUAGCAGGGACAGUCUUUUGUCUGUUUGGUGGGCAACCUCUCAUCAUCCUCAGUUCAACUGGACCCAUUCUCAUCUUUGAGAAACUGCUUUAUGAAUUCAGCAAGAGCAAUGAUAUAGACUACAUGGAGCUGCGUCUGUGGAUUGGCCUUCACUCUUGUCUGCAGUGUUUGCUGCUGGUGCUCUCAGACGCCAGCUACAUUAUCAAGUACAUGACCCGCUUCACAGAGGAGGGUUUCUCCAGCCUCAUCUCCUUCAUAUUCAUCUCUGACGCCAUUAAGAAGAUGGUUGGAGCUUGGAAGUAUUACCCAAUCAACCGUGGCUUCAAACCUGACUACAUCACUGCCUAUAAGUGCGAAUGCAUCGCACCAGACCAGGCAUCUGUGCUGGGCUUGAAUGUUUCAGCUCCACUCGCAGAUGAUAAUAUGACACUGUUGUUUAACUUGACAGACCUGGACUGGAGUCAGCUCAGUAAGAAAGAGUGUGUGAAGUACGGUGGUAUGCUGAUGGGGAACUCCUGUAAGUAUGUUCCUGACCUGGCCCUGAUGUCCUUCAUCCUCUUCUUUGGCACCUACUCCAUGACUGUUUCUCUCAAGAAGUUCAAGUUUAGCCGCUACUUUCCAACAAAGCUCCGUAGCCUGAUAAGUGAUUUUGCCAUCAUCAUUUCUAUCCUGAUCUUCUGUGGACUGGAUUGCCUGCUGGAGCUCGAUACCCCCAAACUGCUUGUGCCCACUGAGAUCAAGCUGAGGAAGCUAAUCAGUGAUUUUGCCAUCUUCAUGUCAAUCAUGUCCUUUGUGGGUCUGGAUAUGUUGAUGGGGUUAGACACACCCAAACUAAUCGUUCCUACUGAGUUUAAGCCAACUCGUCCUGAUCGUGGCUGGUUGGUGAUGCCAUUUGGUAAGAACCCCUGGUGGUGGUACCUGGCCAGCUCUGUUCCUGCACUCCUGGUCACCAUACUCAUCUUCAUGGACCAGCAGAUCAGCGCUGUCAUAGUCAACCGCAAGGAAAACAAACUUAAGAAAGGUUGCGGUUACCACUUGGACCUGUUCUGGGUGGGUGUGCUGAUGGCUGUGUGCUCCUUCCUGGGUCUGCCCUGGUACGUAGCAGCUACUGUCAUCUCCAUCGCUCACAUCGACUCUCUGAAGAUGGAGAGCGAGUCCAGCGCUCCUGGAGAGCAGCCACAGUUCCUCGGAGUCAGGGAGCAGAGGCUGACGGGCAUUUUGGUGUUUGUUAUGACUGGACUCUCAAUUUUCCUCGCUCCCGUUCUCCAGUACAUCCCCAUGCCAGUCCUGUAUGGAGUGUUCCUCUACAUGGGUGUGGCAUCACUGAGUGGCAUCCAGUUCUGGGAGCGUAUGAAGCUGUAUCUGAUGCCAGCCAAACACCAGCCGGACUUCUCCUUCCUGCGUCACGUUCCUCUGAGACGCGUCCAUCUUUUCACCAUCGUCCAGAUCGUCUGUUUGGCCGUCCUCUGGAUCCUGAAGUCCACCUUCCUGGCCAUCAUCUUCCCAGUAAUGAUUCUGGGUCUGAUGCUCGUCCGGAAGCUGCUGGAUCUGAUAUUCUCGCAACACGACUUGGCCUGGCUGGACGACAUCCUGCCAGACAAAGACAAGAAGAAGAAGGAGGAUGAGAAGAAGAAGAAGAAGGAGAAGAAGGCGGCAGAGCCGGAGAGCGACGAGGAGGUCCUGGAGCCAGAGGAGUCGCACAAAAUUCUGGACCCUGUACAUAGGUAUUCUCUAUGGGCCCCUCCCUGCAUCCACGGCUAUUACGGCCCUUUAUCCCUCAAGUCCUAA